ACAUCGGUAAGAUUUUGUCAUAGCUUGUUUUUUUUUUUUUUUUGUAAAAAUGGCUAAAGUUAGGGAAUGGAAAGCUUCCUAUUAUGUGGAAACCAAACGAGUGUGGGUAUAUGGUAGUCUUUUCAUUAAUCCCCGAUUCAUUUGCUUUACGGAGGAAUCGGAAGCGAGUAACCGAAUAAACUUCAAAGUCUAUUUUGGAGAGUUCCUUGAAAUCAAGAAAGAAACGACGACCGUAUUUUAUUCAGCUUUGACAGUUCGCACCAAGGACAAGAAACACUGGUUCUCUUCACUUCAAAGUAGAACAAAUACCUUUAAUGUACUUGAACAUUUUUGGAAAGAGGCUCUUUUCUCAACAUCAAGUGAAAGUCCCAGUAAUCCUUCAGUGUCACCAGGUGGACAAGAGCUUCUAAACCUUCUCAAUGACUCUGCGACUGUCCUCUCUACUUCAGCAAGAGCAAUUGAAAGACAAGGAAAGCAAAUUGACCAUGCUUGCCAAACAAUGAACAAGCUGCACAAUGAUUUGGGAGUAGCAGAAACUCUAAUCCACAGCUUAGGAGCUUGGGUUAACCAGUGGAACCUAGAAACCCCUAAUAUUUAUAUCAAUGUACCUGAAACUACUGAUGAUAUUGCAAAGACAGAGUUCCCUAUAAUCUAUGCCAAUGGUAGAAAAUCUAAAAAAGAGCCAGGAGCAGCAGUUCUCUCCAACCACAAAUUAGAGAUCUUUAAUGCAGAAAGGCAAGCGAUCUUCGAAUUCGAAUUGAAGAGAGUGAAUGAAAUCGUUAUACAUACACCCUGGGAGAUGACCAUUAACAGGGCAUCCAUUGGUCAACCAGACUGUCAUGUUAUUAUCAUGUCAGCAAGACUUGUUCAGCUACUUAGUAGGUUAGAAGUGGCUAUUGGUUCAAAGAUGAUAUUUGAGGAUCCACCUGAGGGAGUGUCAAAGGCAUUAAACAGACAUAGGAGUGAUGAUGAAUUAACAAAUAGUCUACAAGUUGAUGAGCUCAACAAAGCUUCCAGUUCCAGUAAAGGUUUGAAAACAGUCAGUGACAGAGAAGCAGCAGAAAUGACACAGAUUCUGCAGGACAUGAAGUCUAUGGCUCUAGGAAUACAAAAUGAGCAAACUAGACAACUUGGACAGCUAGAUUGUCUCUCAGAUUCCCUUGACAAAGCAAAUGAAAGGGUUAGAAAGGAUGCCAAAAACAUUAUUAAGUUACUAUAAAGGGGGUUUUGAGCAGUUAGCAGAAGCAUGAGCUAUUGUUGUUGUAAAAUUAGUUGUUGUAAGGGAAAAAUAUUGAAAAAUCCAAGGUGACAUUUAUUUAAAACAAAUUUAAUACCACCCAUCCUUUCAUGUGUAACACUCAACCCCUCUUGCUAAACUACCCAUUCCUUCUGUCAUACCACCAAUGUGUUCUUGUAUACCAAUAAUGCUUUUGUAUAUCACCCUUCCCUCCUUGUAUACCACCCAUCUCUUUUUGUGUAUCACCCAUUUUUUUUGCAUGCCACUCAUUCCUUGUUGAAAACCACACACCCCUUCUUGUAUAUCACCCAUCCCUUUUUGAAUACCUCAUAUAUCGCCCUAUCGCAACUGGAGCCAACACUUAAGAAGACCAUUCUGGAUUUUUCGUACUUUAAUAUAAAUUAUAGUCGAACUGAAAUUAAAUACAAAUACAUGAUAAGUCGCUGAAAUAAACACAAAGUCUAAGUAAUUUUAACUAGUUUCUACUCACAUUUGUGUUUCCAUGGCCAUUCAAUCUUUGCCUUAUGCAUUUAUUAGUUUGAAUGGUCCCUAUAGACUUAAAUUGGCCAAUGAAAAAAGGUUCUAUUUUAACUAAGUAAGUUAAUCAUAUAACACUCCAAGUCCCACGGGUCAUUAACGUGAUAGUCCUAGCACUUAGCAUAUAAACGUGAAAAUGUUCAAAACACCUCCAAAAGUGUUUCAAGUCCCUACAUGUUAUGAUUCUUCUAAAACUACCUUGCAUAUAAGGAAUCUUGAAUUGUAAUUUACAGUAACUAUGGGUAAAAACUAAUCAAGUUUAUAUUUUACUGAGAACAUACAGUAGCUUUAUUUCCUCUUAAAAAAGUAAACAAUUUCUUAAGAUUCCCAUUAUAUACUACAAAGUGUAAUAAUAAGUAGAGUGAACAGCAGCCUUACUUUGUUGUUUAUUUUUAAGAAAUCUAGGGGGAGGGUUUGGGGAGUUUAAACCCCCCUUUGGGCUGCCAAAGUAAAUUGAUAUGUGUAAAAGAUGCUUUCAUAAAUGAGCAUUUCUCUAAGUGAAAUGCACCUACCAA